AUGUACGUGGAGACACCAAGGUCCGCCGCGGACAAGGAGGCUCGCAAGGCAGCGCGUGCGCUCGAGCGCUCACAAGCGCUCGCGGCGGCGGAAGCGGCACGUGAUGCCGUGAGUGCUGCGCAGGAGGCUGCAGCAGACCGCAUAGAGGAUCCGCUGCGUCUCGCGAGCAAGGCGGAGACGGUGUUGCGUGGGCGGAGCGAUCGCGUGCUUCUGGUGCUCGAGAACUGCAGCGACGACCUGAACCAUGUGGCCGUGUUGCGGACCGCCGAGGCUCUCGGCGUGCUGCGCGUCUGGCUCGUGCAGCGGCUAUCGGCGCCGCUGCCCGCAGACACGCGGCCCUCGCCAGCGCCACUCGACGCCACGACCGCGGGUGAGGCGGUGGAGCGCGCGCAGCUGAGCCAACGCGCCAACAGUCGCGCGACGCGCCGGCUGCAGGCGCGCGCAGCGCAGCGCGGGCUGGACUGCAGCUCGCUGCUCGGGUCGCGGCAGGCGAAAGUCUACGCGUCUCAUCUCGACAUUCGCGUCUUCACGUCGAGCGCGGAGUGCAUCGACGCGGUGAGGGCCGAUGGGCGUGCGCUGUGGGUGACAGACUUGUCGCAGGAGGCGCUCCCCCUCACCUCCGACGUGGCGGCGCUACGGCGCGCGCUGCCUCCGCGGCUCGCGAUCGUCAUCGGCUCCGAGGGCGUCGGCGUCUCAAAGGUCAUGGUCGACGCCGCCGACGUGCGCGUCUUUUUGCCCAUGUGGGGCUUCACCGAGUCCUUCAACAUCUCCGUCGCGACCGCCCUCGUCCUCCAGCGGCUCCUCGACGCCAUGCCCGACUCGCGCGGCGCGCUGCCGCCCGAGGAGAUGCAGCGGCUGCGCACGGAGUGGUACGAUGCGCUCGCGCGGACGGAGGAGCAGCGCGCCGCCUUUGCGCGGCUCGCCGAGCGAGGCGGCGCGCGACCUCUCCGCGAUACGCGGCGGCCGGAGGCGCACCGCGACGAGCAGCGAGGGCGCACCGGCGAGAAGCGGCGCCUCUGGAGUCGUGGCGUCGGCGCAGAGUGA